AUGAUAACCUUCUACGACAUUGCCUGUACUCGCCCCAAUACAACGUGGUCUCCAAGUACUUGGAAGACGAGAUAUGUUCUCAACUAUAAGGGCCUUUCCUACCGUACGGAAUGGGUCGAUUUUGACGAUAUUGAAGCCCACUCCAUCAAGAACGGGUUCGCCCCUUCGUGUAAGAGAGCGGACGGCAGCCCUCGCUACACGCUUCCCGCUAUCUAUGACGAGUCAACCGGAGCGAAGAUUGCGGACUCGUCCCUCAUCGCCGACUACCUUGAGGCAACCUAUCCGGAUACGCCAUCCAUAUACCCUCACAACACUCGUGCGUUGCAAGCCGCAUUCGAGUCGGCCGUACUCGCACACCUCGAUGCCGUGCACCAGUUCACAGCCCCGUACCUCAUGACCAAGAAAUACUUCACCCCGAAGACCGAAGAGUACUAUCGCAAAUUCAGAGAACCUGCGUUUGGCGGAAAGCGUCUCGAGGACCUCCUACCCUCCGGGGAAGCGCGCGUCAAGCAGUGGGAGCGCUUGAAGAACGACAUUGGGAAGAUCGCCUCUUGGUAUGAUCAGAAUAAUGGAAAGGGACCGUUCUUACUUGGCGAGACGCCGUCGUGGGCGGACUUCGUCACUGCUUCCUUUCUCGUUUGGUUCAGGAUUAUUUGGGGGGAGGAAAGCGAGGAGUGGAAAGAGUUGGAGACAUGGCACAAUGGACGAUGGAAGAAGCUGUUCGCGGCUGUCAAGAAUUACGAAGCGAUGGCGUAG